GCCAUGCAAAGAGAAUAUUUUAUCAGCAGAAGAAGAGAUGACAGACGAGAAGCGACAGGCGGUCUACCUGGACAUGGAUCACCUGCUGCUGGUGCUGCUGUUGCUGUGGAGCUCAGGACUCCAGGCUGAAGGAAAUCACACCUCAACAGGUGCUCGGUGUGAAACCACAGCCAAGGCUGACAUCGUGCUGUUGGUGGACGGCUCCUGGAGCAUCGGCCUAAAAAACUUUGCAAUCAUCCGGUCCUUUGUCAGUAGAACACUCGAUGAAUUCUUCAUCGGCCCAGACCGAGUCCAGAUUGGUCUGGUUCAGUACAGUCGUAAUCCACACACUGAGUGGCACCUGAACACCCACCAGACCAAGUAUUCUCUGCUGAAGGCCAUACGCACGAUGCCAUACAGAGGAGGAAGCACCAAUACAGGAAAGGCUCUUAACUACACCCUGAAGAACAACUUCCAGCCCGAUGUGGGAAUGCGUGCAGACUCCAAAAAAAUUGCUGUCUUGCUGACUGACGGACAGUCCAGUGAUGACGUCCGGCUCCCCUCGAAGAAGCUGAAGGAUGCUGGGAUAGAGAUCUACGCUAUUGGUGUGAAGGAUGCUCCUGAGAAUGAGCUGACAUUCAUCGCCUCCAAUCCCGAUGAAAUUCACGUUUACAGUAUCGAGGACUUCUCAAUUCUGCCAGACAUCAUCAGCAGCCUCACUAUCAAUCUCUGUAGCAGUGCUAAUAGCUUAGGUGAGCAAAGAGUCCAUCAUAAAUAAACCACAAUAGGUGUUAG